AUGGAUCAAAUGGUGAUUGAAGAUCUGACAUCUGAUAUAAAUGAUGUCAAAGAUAAAUUGAGAGAAUUUGAUGAUAAAAUCGGAACUCUCGAAGGCCGUGUUCCAAAACAUCAACGAAUUUCAUACGACAUCGAAGAACCACUGAAUUCAAAUGUUGAUCGAAGUUCUUUUGGGCUGAACGACGAAGGAAAUUCAUUCAAUAAAGAUUAUCGAAAAGAUAGUAAUACUGGUGGAGCUAUUCGAAAGAGAAUGUAAGUGGGAUUCUAAGAAAAAGAACAAAUAAUUAGUUUUUUUUUCAGAAUUUCUGAUCGUCGAAGAAGCUCGGAAAACGCAAAUUUUGCUCAAAAACGGGGAAGAAUUUCAUAUGAUAAUGAUGACGAAGAAGUGGCAAAACGCCCAAAAAAGUGAGUUUUUUCUAGAAAUUAUCUGAAAUUUAUACUGAAAACUGAUAUUCAGUUCAGUCACAAAAAUAUCUAUUUUUCCAGAACCGUUCAAUCAACCAUAAUAAUGCCCGCUUUGGACAGCAAAGGCCGUGAAGAGAAAAUCGAAAAACUGAAAGAAGAAAACAAAGAUUCGAAUACCAGAAAUCGUCGAAUGUUUUCAAAUCUUUUAAUGGGAACUCUCAACAAUUUCAAAAAAACUGAAAGAAAAACAGCACAACAAUUGAAACAAGAAGAAGUCGAAAAGAAAUUAGAGGAAACCAGAAAACAAGAAGAGGUUAAAAGAAAUCAGGAAAAAUCGGAAUUGGUUCAAAAAAGAAGAGAACAAGAAAGAGAGUUGCAAGGAUUGCAGAGAAAGAAGGCUAUUUUUCAAUAUGUAAGUUGAGAAAAAGUCCGAGUGGUUUAUAAAAAAUCAAUACAUUUUUUUCAGGCUGAAUUGACGAUUAAUCAACUGAAAUUGAGAAAAGGAUCGAUCGAAACAACAACAAGUCCGACUAUUUAUUGGCAACCUGUUAAACAUACAGUAAGAUCUAUGGAGUUAUUGCAAGUUACCGAAAGAAAAUUGGAUGGUAAGGUUUUUGUUUUUGAAACAAGAUCUUUUUGGUUUUUCAGACUUUUAAACCGAAAAAUUUAUACCAAUAUCAUACAACAUUCAGAACCUGAAAUUCCAGGGCGAAAUUUUUCAAACUGUCCACUCCCCUCAUUUUUAUUCGAAAUCAGGGCGAAAUUUUUCUGUAUCAGAUUCCUGGAUGACCAAAAUAUUUUUUUUUCUAAAAAAAUCUCAUUUAAAUCUAAAUUUCCCGUGACCUCUACUUGAAAAAAAUCUUCACAUUUCUCAAUUUUUCAGAUUUGAUCCGCGAACGCGAAGAAAAAAUGAAAAAUGAUCUCGAAGCUGGUGGUUUCAACAAAAGCAACAAUAAUGAGGGUUCAGAUUCGGGUUCAGACUCAGAUUCUGAUUCAGAAGGAGCAAAAGGAGAAGAUGAAUAUGAUAAACAAGAGGAUAAUUCGGAAAAUGAGGAAGAAGAAGAGAUUAAAGUGGUUAUUAAGGCUGAAAACGAUGAGGAUGAAGCGGAAAAUGAUGGUGGUGCUGAAGAUGAUGAAGUUCGUGUUGAACUUGAUUGA